CCGGGAACAUUACUUGUUAACCGCAGGUAUUCAAUGGGGUGCCGCUGGUCUGGUAAUGGCUGGAAAUUGUGUAAUUUUUCUGACUAUUCUGGGUUUCUUCCUGAUAUUUGGAGGUGGAGAUGACUUCAGUUGGGAACAGUGGUAACCCAUCAAGAUGAAGAACAUCACUAAGAUUCAAUCUAUGAAAUAUAGUUUAUUGGCACAGGCCUUGGCAUAGGUUGAUUUGUUACUCUAAUUAAGUUUUUUAUUUGUCUCGCUUGGUAUGUUCAUGGCUGCAUCUUUCUGGUGAUUUGCUUAUAAAAACUAAAUUAAUGAAAUAGGUAACAAUUCCAUUUAUAUGAACUUGUUUUAAUAAAAAGGGGAAUUUGUAGUGUACAGUAUUUUUGUUGCUUUGCAGUCAAAUCAAAGGAAAAACAUCUAAUCACAAUGUUUUCUGUAAAUAAAAUUAAGCCUAUUUUUUAGCAUUCAUUUUAAUUUAAGAUUGUUUCAUAAGAUUUUCAUAUUGUUACUAAAAUAUACAUUAUAUAGAAUAGCUGACAUAUUUUUAUUAUUUUUGUUAGAUUUGUAUUAUUAUCAUUAUUAUCAUCAUCAUCAACAAAGUCAUAAAAAUAGUACAUUUUCUUCAUUUGAAAUAUGUUCACCCGAUUCAUAAUUAUGGGACCAAUUGUUGUAUGAUAUUAUUUAUGCAAGACAGUAAAGCCAUAACUACAAUUGUUUUAAUUAGGUUAAAGAGCAUAUUGUAGGUUAGACACCCCAGUGAGUCAAUGUGCGUAAAAGUAGGAACUAGAUUUUCUUUAAAAUAGACGUUAAAGUUUAUUUUUAAGCCCUCUGGAGUCAUUUUUAGACACAGAAAUGUUCUUCCACAUUUGAAAAAUAGCCAGAGCGGAAGUGAAGUCACGUAUAUAAACAGUUUGAUGACAACUGAUCGGGGUUUGCAUUUGGAUGCCGAGAUAAGAUAUUCUGAGGUUUUCACACAAAUGCAAACCACAGCCAUGCAGUUAUGAGCCUGUGGAUAGACCAGCAGACAGAACCGCUGUCAGAAAAGAGUAAUUGAGCUGUAAUGUGAGGAGAACAGAGCAGGUUCUUGGUGAGAGGGUAGUGUUAGCUUACAGACAGAUAUGUUAGAUAACAAAAUCUUGUCCGGCAAUAGCAAAGCUAGUAUUGAUCAUCUAUAAGUAUUAAUACUUACCAGUAACAUAAACUGAGCAUUUAACAGAUUUAUGCCACAUUGACAUUUUAAUGUAGAUAAGUGAAUACAAAACACAAAUAACACAGAAUGUCUGGAAUAAUGCAGAAACAUGAGAACAAGGAACUUGAAAAAAAUGUUUAGACAAAAGGUUUUUAUAGCUUUUGUAUUGAAAUAAAAGCAACAUCAAAUAUUAAAACAAUUAAAAUAAGUUUUAAAAUAAUGUUUCUUUUUUACCAUGGGUUUAAGAUGAUCCGUGUUGGGUCCCAUUUUGGCUAUAAUCCAUGAAAAAACACAAUCACAAGUUGUGUUACUUUAUAGAGUAUUUACAAAGAUUUGAUAUGCAUUCAUAACUAAAUAAAUGCUUAUUUUAACACUAA